AUGUCUGAAAGCAUAGAGUUAAAAUUUCGUGAAGAAUUAUAUUCUAGGUAUGAGAAGUGUCGCAAAUAUCUCAUUCCGAAAGAAGAAUAUUUCCAAAUUAUUGAGGACAUUCGUACAACUAGUGAAAGGAAGAACACUAAGAGUCGCCGUCAAUACUACCUUCUGAGUAAAUAUGAAGUGCUACAGUGUGGUGAUGUUGAGAAACUUAUUAAGAAACGACAAACCCCAGAUGAAACACCGGUGUACUAUGUCUCCAUUGAAGACACUUAUGACAUUGUUAAGAGGGCCCAUGUUGCAACUGGGCACGGUGGUCGAGAUAGAAUGACUAAAGAACUCCAAGUGAAAUACGCCAAUAUUCAGCGGGAUACAGUUGAACUAUUCACAUCGUUGUGUCAGGAAUGCCAGAAAAAGAGAAAGCGACCAAUGACAAAGGGAGUUGUGGUUAAACCUAUUCUGAGUAGUGAAUUUUCAUCACGUGGGCAGGUAGAUCUUAUUGGCAUGCAGUCUAUGUCGUGUAGAACUUACAAAUGGAUUAUGGUUUACCAAGACCACUUAACAAAGUUUUGCGUUCUGCGUCCACUCAAAUCAAAGCGUGCAGCUGAAGUAGCAUUCCAACUAGCUGAUAUUUUUCUUAUCUUGGGGGCUCCUGUAAUUCUUCAAUCAGACAAUGGUUCUGAGUUUACUGCUCAGAUCAUUACUGAAGUGUGUUCCAUGUGGCCUGAAUUAUCCAUCGUUCAUGGUAAGCCAAGACACCCACAGAGUCAAGGCUCUGUGGAGAGAGCAAAUGGUGACAUAAAGGACAUGCAUGUUGCUUGGAUGGCUGACAACAACUCAAUUGACUGGGCAACGGGCAUAAAAUUUGUUCAAUUCUCCAAGAAUUCUGCCUAUCACGCAGGGAUCAAGAGAAGUCCAUAUGCUGCAAUGUUUGGUGUGAAUGCCAGAGUCGGACUGACAUCAACAUCACUUCCACAAGAAAUCAUUAGUUCCCUGCAGUCUGAACAAGACCUUGUAACCUUGCUUCAAGAAAGAGAAACUGAUACCAACAAUCCUGAAACAGAAAGUACAGACCAAGAACCAAUCGCAGCCGAAAUUAACGAGGAUGAGCAAGAAAUUGAUGUCAACUCGCAUUUUUAG